AAAAACAGGUGAGCUCGUAAAACAACAUUCGAACGCGACGAAUAUCUGUUAACAAGUCCGUGCCUGUCUCGGCAGGAAGAGGAAGGUUCAGACCUGCAUUUUUGUUUCUGUGAACAUAAGUACAUACAUAUUCGCGCGGGACAAUAUCCCCGACCAAAGUGUGCUUCUCUCUCGCUUCCCGCGGAAGAUCGUAGGACAGUAGUGAGAAGUUUGCCGCCAUUUUGGAAAAUCCCUUUUUUAUGUCCCUCUUGUGUGUGUCUAUUCGAACCUCGGACAUCGUCGGAAUUGAAGAACACGAGAGCCGUCUGCACUGGCGCUCCAAGUUCCGGUACAGUUGCUUCUCGAAAGUAGCGAGCGGAAAUUUCCAUUCGUACAAAUCUUUGCGCGCCAAACGCGGCGCCGUCCGUUGGAAAAGCGAAAAAAGUGUGGGAGUUCGUCGGUGUGCGUCAAAAAAAGACUUGUAUACUCGCAAGCCGGCAUACAUCCCAACCCCCGGCCCUUCGCUCGCGGGGUGCUGUAGGCCUAUGGAUUCGCCCGCGCAUGUAGCGUGUGUUGUGCCGCAGUAGUAAGAGAGACAGAGCAGCGUUCGGUGCGGCGGCGGCGGCGCCAAGGGCAGCAGCGAGACGAUAAUCCUCCAAGACUCGCUGUGUACGAAGAAAUCCGUCUCCAGAACGAGACGCCGUCCCUUGCUUUCCCGAAGACAAGAGCCGAUUAAAAGUGCGCACCAGGAGGCGGAGCCGACGGUGAAGAGGAAGAUUAGGGGAAGGAACGCGGUCGGCUCUCUCUUGCUCCCUCUCUAGUAUAAACACCCACCGGAAAGAUGUCGGAAACGGAAGAAUUGGAGAAUAUGGUAUUAAGUUUCCGAGUGUCUGAACUGCAGAUGCUAUUGGGCUUCGCUGGUCGAAACAAGUCUGGAAGAAAGAACGAACUCCAAACACGUGCCUUGGAACUUUUACGCCUCAGGUCUCACCCAGUACAAUUGAAGAUUCGUGAAUUGUACAAAACCAUACAGGCAGACCAACUUGCUGCUCACCAAUUGUAUUCUCAAAGCAGUGGUGCAGCCGAGCAACAAAUCGAACAAACAAUGCAUUCCAGAAACUAUUUUACAAGGCAAGGCCAUGCUCAGGCCUUGAGUCAACAGCAACAAUCGCAACAGUCUGUGGCACCGGCAAAAGAUUUGCCACCUGCGCAUCAAGCAUCGAUUCCACAGUCUCAGGUGGCUCAGAGAUCUGGGUCAGUUUAUCCAACUCCUGGUUAUACUAGUGUAACGCCACAGUCUAGGUCAACCAGUGCAGUUUAUCCUGGAUAUUCGCCGUACGCACAACAAAAAGUCAUGCCUAUACCAGCACCACUACAGAUUCAACCAAAUCAGUAUCCAGUUCAUCCAGAUGUAAAAUUCAAAAAGCUGCCAUUUUUUGACAUGCUGGGUGAACUGCUUAAACCCUCGAGCUUGAUGCCACAGGGAACAAUGCGACUACAAGAAAAUUCAUUUGUUUUUCAUCUGACACCACAGCAAUCCACAGAUAUCGCUAGCUCGCGGGACUGUCGUCAAGGCAGUAAAAUGGAUUACACAGUACAGGUCCAAAUGCGGUUCUGUUUACAAGAAACUUCUUGCGAACAAGAAGACUACUUUCCUCCUAGUAUAAAUGUCAAAGUUAAUGGAAAACUUUGUCCCCUGCCAAAUCCAAUUCCUACAAAUAAACCUGGAGUUGAACCAAAGAGGCCACCUAGGCCAGUAAACAUUAGUCCUUUAGUUAAAUUAUCGCCUACAGUAGGAAAUCAAAUUACAAUUUCCUGGUCUGCUGACUAUGGCAGACGGUAUGCAGUUGCAGUAUAUUUAGUGAGAAAGCUGACGAGUACCGAACUUUUGACAAGAUUGAAGAACAGAGGAUGCAAGCAUUCAGAUUAUACUAGAGGACUCAUCAAAGAGAAACUAAACGAAGACGCGGACAGUGAAAUAGCUACGACAUCCCUUAGGGUAUCAUUAGCAUGUCCAUUGGGAAAGAUGCGAAUGAGCACACCGUGUCGUGCUUCAACAUGUUCACAUCUUCAAUGCUUUGAUGCUUCUCUAUUUCUGCAAAUGAAUGAGAGAAAGCCAACGUGGAACUGUCCAGUUUGCGAUAAGUCGGCAUUAUACGAUAAUCUAACCAUAGAUGGUUAUUUCCAAGAAGUUCUUAAUUCAAAUAAACUUCUACCUGACGUCAAUGAAAUUCAGUUACUCCAAGAUGGGUCUUGGGAAAACUUAGUGAUAAAGAAAGAAAAAGACAAAGAGAAGAGUGACAAAGUUGAAGUUAGUCCAUCUCGGCCCAAAGAUGUUGAUGUUACCGUAGAUCUUGAUGAAAGUAGUCAUACAAAUUCGACACCGUCUGCACCAAGGGAAAAGAAGCGUGCUCUAGUGAUUGAUUUAAUAUCUGACAGUAGUGACGAUGAUGACAGUAGUAUAACCCAGAGUUCCAGUAAAAAACAGGCGAUUUCUGUGCCAUCAAAGCCACAAGCUAGUGCUCACAGUGCUAUCAGUAGUACAAGCGAUUCUCCAGAAUUGAUGAUUAUCGAUUUAGAAUAAGAAUUCAGUUUUAUUUUUCUAUUUUUCCAAUCCAUUAUAUGACGUUCAUCAAUCGUACGUUGAUACACACAUUAAAAGGUUCGCGUGGAACAGUACAAACUUAAGUGUAUCAUCCUGUAUAGUUAGUGUAAAAAAAAGGGAAAAAACCGUUUAUGAUACAAAGUUCUAAUAUAGAUGUAAGUUUCUCACGAGAAUGGUUUAGUUUUUUAAAGACUUUAUAAAGUAUUUAAUUCUACGUAAUUAUAGUUCAUUAAUGUUUAACCAUUGAAUUAUUUUAAUAUCAUUGUCAAACGAGUUCUGACUAAAAUAUACUUUUUUUAAAACUAAAAAUGAUUUGUUUUAA